CAAUCAUAAUCAUCUUUUGGAAGAAAAAAACACCAAAAUCAUAUCGAUAUUGCGACGAAUCUUAUUAAACGAUUAAUAACAAUAAUAAUCAAAAUAUCGUAAAAUGAAAUCGAAAAAUAUCAUAAAAUAUUUUAUGGGUAUGAAUUUAUCGAAUCGACAGACAUUCAACAACAACAACAACAAUAAACAACAGCAAAAUCAAUCAACAUUGAUUGAAUCUAAUUAUAAUAAUUAUAAUUUAUCAAAUGGAAAAAUGAAUUUGGCAAAAAAUUUACGAUCAUCAUCAUCAUCAUCGACAAUAUCAUUGAUGGCUUUAUUGGCCAUUAUUAUGUUGAUGAUGAUAAUGACAGUAUCGGCUACUUUACCAUCAUCAUCAUCAUCAUCUUCUUUAUCAUCUCAUAAUCCUCAAACUGAUAUUAUUCUUGAUUCAUCAAUGUUUGUUCCACCAUCAUCAUCAUCAUCAUUAUCAUCUUCUGACGAAUCUGUAUCAUCAUCAUCGUUACCUUUUGGUCAAAAAGAAAAUGAACAAAUUAUGAAUCCAAAUGAAAUAUUUUCUCAGCAAAAUGAUAAUAAUGUUGUUGUUGUUGAUGAUACUGGAAUUGAUAAUGAUGAUGAUGUUUUCAUUGUUAAACAACAACAUUCAAUCGAACCAUUGGAUGAUGAUAACGAUUAUAAUCAGGAUUUAUUACCAAUAUUUAUUGAUCAACUAUCGUUGGUUGAUGAUUAUUUGAAACAUCAUCAACAACCACAACAACAACCUAUUGAUGAAUAUUCAAAUCUAUGGGAAAAACGUAAUCAAUGGAAUAAAUUUAAUGGUGCUUGGGGUAAACGUGCAGCCAAUUGGAACAAAUUACAAUCGGCUUGGGGAAAAAGAUUAUCAUCACCAACAACAACAUAUCCAAAGAUUUCAAUCGAAACACGUAACUGGAAUAAUCUGAAAGGUGCCUGGGGACGUAAACGAAUGGCAGCCACAGCAGCAGCAAAUAAUUGGAAUCAAUUACAUGGUAUGUGGGGUAAACGUCGUCGUCGUACACCAACAUGGAAUAAAAUGUCAUCAGCUUGGGGCAAAAAAAAACGAUCAAUCGGUAUGGUUGCACCGACACAUUGGAAUAAAUUACGUGGAAUGUGGGGGCGUAAACGUAGUAUUACAUCUCAAGAAACAAUGGAAAUGUUAAAAGAACAACAACAACCGAUAACAACCACCGAAAAAUCUACAAAACAAUAAUGAUUCUUUUGAUUCUUUUUUUUCUAUUCUUCUUUUUUUUGGCCACAAUCUGUGAUUGUGCACGAAAAAAAAACAAACAAAACAUAAUGCAAGAAUUUUGAAUUCAUCAACGAUU